UGAUGACCCAUCAUCAGAAGAUGAAUGCAACAGUGAAUGACUUCUCUUUUUUCUUAUUUGAACAUAGAGGAGGAGAUCUCUCAGCAUGUGAAUUCAAGCAUCAUCUUCUUCCACUGUGGUGGGCCUCCCCAUUAUCAGCUUGGUUUCCAGGCAACCUGUCUGCAUGUGGCUUCAACAAUUGCAAGUGGCGUUCAUACAACGAACAGGUGUCGUGGCAAGAUCUACACCAUCGGAUCAUUGCCCGGGUCCAGCCCAUCAACGGCGACGAUGGAACCUAUUUUUGACUGAGGUGUCGUGGCAAUAUCCACACCAUUUUGUGGGGCCCGAGGUAAUUCAACGGCGUCGAUCGACUUUUAUUUGAACGAAUUCUUCUAGGUGUUGUGACGUGACAAAAUCUACGCCAUUGGAUCAUUACGCGUGGGGCCCAAACAAAUUCAACCGCCUUAUAUUUGUCCCGAGUCUUAGGUGUUGUGGCACGAUCCGCACCAUUGGAUAACUUGUAGGGCCCAGUCAAAUCAACGGCUCGGAUUGACCCUCAUUUUCAACUGAAUCCAGAAGCAGUCAUGUGUGGUACAGAUGGGAUCACUGAGCAACACACGCUCCAUGUCCUCAAGAUCUCGCUCGAUCCUUCUCGAUUUCUAGGGUUUUCUGCUGCUCAUUCCCUCGGUGCUUCUGCGGAAUUCGUCGAUCGACGCGUGAGGUGCGCCAUAGCUGUUUGGAUAUUUUAGAUAAUUGGAUUCUUCACCGGCGGUCUUCAUUUCGGGUUAUUGGAUUCGAUUCUGACUCCUAGCUGUGGUUUCUUCGCCGUUGAAUUCGUUCACGGAGGCUCGAGGUGCGCCAUAGCUGUCAAAUUCUAUUCUCCACCGCUAGUUUUCAUCAAUCGUAUCGGAUUGGAUUUCCGUCAGGAGAUUGUUGAUUUCUGGCGGUCAGAAAUGGUGUGAGUUUCGAUCGAUUGAGAAAUUUAGGGAUUCGAUUCAGAGUUAGUUACCUGAGUUUUUCGGUGGCGAUGGAUUUUGGAAACGAUCGAUUGGUGAACGAAUCGAUCGUAGAUAAUGAGGAAUUUAGGAAUCUUCAAUCCGUCAGAAAACCAGAAACGAUCGAGGUUCACGACAAUGGAUCUUAUGAGUUAGGAACCUAUAACGAUAAGGAUGGUAACGUUAAGGGAAGUGAAGUUUCAACACAUGAGAAGACUCCAUUACUGUCUCCAUCUUCAUCUUCAUCUUCGAUGAAGAAAGGAUUCGGACUGAAGAAGUGGAAGAGGAUCAAGAGGGAUGUGAAUAAAACCGGGGAUCCACCGUUGCAUCCCGGCCAGAUAAUGUCGACUCCGGACUUACCAGAAUCGGCUGCAAAUCCAAGCAAGCGGCCGCAGGUUUAUGCAGAGAGGCCACAGAAGAGUAUGGGCUCUGUUUCGCCUCCGAAUGCAUUGGUUGGAAGUGUGGAUUUUUUAGGAGUGCUCGGCGAUUCUUGCAUGCCGGUUGGCCUAUCGAUUGAUACCGGAGGAGAUUCAGAGAAUAGUGAGGAUCAGAGUAGCAAGUCUUCGACAGCAGGUAGUGUUUCGAAAGUAAAGUAUGAUAAGAGCCUCCGAGUGAGGGGUUCGAGUGGGAAGAAUCUGGCUAAUGCAGCGCAGCGUGGUCUGUCAGGAAAGGUUCGAAGCGAGGCUGUUAAAAAGGCUAGGGAGGAGGAGCAAGUAGUCAAGGAGGAUAACUCUCGUUCGAGCAUGGAGUCUGAUUCGCGUAGCUCCAAUUUUGUGUUUAUGCAGGGGACUUUUGCAACGACGAGUAAUGGAAUACGAGGCGACGAGCCGGGGCAUUAUGAUGCAGAAAAUGUUGAUCAAGUGAAUGAUGGACUCAGUGAUGGUUGCAGAAAAGACAUCGAAGGAGGAUACGAAGGUACCGAAAAUUCAGAUUCGAAGGUUAAGACUGAAAGAACUGAGAAUGGCUCCUCCUCUUCGAAUCAGGAUCCAUUAGUCGAAUCCAUCGCCAUGCUCCAAUCUGCUCAAGAAGCACUUGAACAAGAGGUGCUAAAGUUUAAGGAAGUAAGCAGUGACACUACACUGGAAGAUACAGUUUCGGAUGAAGUUACUGCUCCAGAACAAAAGGUCGAAGAAAUGAAUCACGGGCUGUUCCAAUUUUCCAUUGGAACAAAAACCGCAAAAGAAUACGCGGAGGCAGACCUCGAGGACCUAUUCAAGCGAAAGAUUGCCGCUGAAGUGGAGUAUUUAACAAUAUCAAGAACGAUUCAAAAUUUCCGGGGUGCUGCUGGGAAUCAAACUGCUACAUUAAAAGACCAAAGCACAUCGCAAAAAAAUCAGAUACUCCAAAAUCAUAGAAAAACGGAUAAUGACUAUGAGGAUACGGUGCUUAGGGCAAAAGCUGAGAAGUUGGAAAAAUUUUCGAGAGAGGUCGCAAGCAGGGAUGAAAUUUUGAAGCUACGGAGGCAGGUUUGUAAGUAUACUUUAUAUUUCUUGGUACAGCUAUUUGGUUUGGUGAUUUUACGAGUCUUGUUUUCAUUGCCUGAUUAUGCCGAGGAUGUUGCUCCUCCGACUUAGUUUUGGAGGUUGAGGUUUUGUUUUCUGUUCUUAUAAAAUGGUUGAUGUUCCGGAAUGUGUAUUUUCUUUUUCGUGUUCAAUUCAUGUUAUCUUUAUUUGUUUCUUUGUAA